CCAUUAAAAGAAAUACACUUUUGCAAUCUUUUUUAUAAGACCAGAAUUCAAUUAUUGUAAAUCAUCUUCAUUUUAUCCGACAAAACUUCUUAAAAUCUUUGCUUACACUAUCACGAUUAAAUAGUGUCGAUAUUGAGAUUCUUUUUUGAUUUUCUUAAUUAUUGAAGGACUCGCAUAUUUUUUUUCUUUCCUCAAGAAGAAGCAACGUUAUGCUCUAGAUCUUAUCCCUGUGUUCCUUUCCCAUCGUGGGAAAUCCAAGUAUUAAUAAACCGGGGUGCCUCUAGUUUCGUAGUCAGUCAAAUCACGAAUCGCCGAAAGCGAGUUCAAUCUGCUCGUGUAUAUGGGAAAAAUGCAUUUGCUGCGUGUAAAUGAUUCAUCAAUUAGUGAUACAAGAUACAAUGAGGCUCACCAGACUCUAUCAAAGUCAUAAGAAAUAAUCUGUUAUUAGAAAUUUAUAUUGGCAUUUCAUUCAUCAGUUCACUCUUCGAUCCAGAUUUUUCUCUUGCUAAAAUAUGAUGCACGCUAUAUCACUGAAAACAUCAAUAAUGCAUCUUACUUACUUACUAAAAGUUUCUUAUUUAUAAGCACUAUCUUUGCACUGCGUAGAUAAUAAAUUAUCCUAAGAAUAAAAGGCAAAAACCAAUUCUUCAUAUACGAAACUUAUUAUGUAACUCAUUUCUGUUUCAGAGAUUCUCGAAAUGAGUAGACCAUUACUGGCAUGGCUAUUCGCCACGUUAUGUUUUACAAGCUUUCUAUUGUUCACCGCAAUCACAGCUUCAUUAGAAAAUGUGUCAAUCGACGAUAGUGAUGAAGACAAUACGUACAGAAAAAACAGACGAAAGAAGCCACACAUUGUUAUUAUUGUUGUCGACGAUAUGGACUGGAACGACGUUAGUUUUCACGGCUCCAAUCAGAUUUCGACGCCGAAUAUCGAUGUUCUCGCAUAUAACGGAAUUCUGAACAAUCAUUAUAUAUCACCACUGUGUACACCGAGUAUAACAUCCCUAAUGACUGGAAAGUAUCCAAUUCGCUUAAGCAUGCAACAUGGUGUUUUACUUUCAUCGGAACCACGUAGACUUCUAAUGAAUGAAAAAUUACUAUGGCAGUAUUUAAAAGAAGCUGGUUACAAAACAACACAUAUAGUAGGUAAAUGGCAUUCGGAUUUUUACACACAUGAGUAUACGUCAGCGUAUCGCGGGUUUGACAUGCAUUUCAGUUACUGGAAUGGCCAGGAUUACUACAAUCACAACGUUAUGGAUCCAUUUAGUAAUUCUAAAAAAGAGAAAACCUUAAUCAGUAGCAUUGACAUGAGGCGAAAUAUGUCAGUCGCAUGGGACACAAUCGACAAAUACUCGAUGGAUCUCUUUACCGAAGAAGCUAUACGUUUGAUUAACAUUCACAAUAAGGAUAAUCCAAUGUUUUUGUAUAUGGCCCAUCUUGCUCCCGAUAGUGGAAACAUGAACGAGUUAUUACAAGUUCCUGCUGAAGAGAUUGCCAAAUUUUCCUGCAUCAAGGAUCCGAAAAGAAGAAUUUACGUUGCUAUGAUUUUUAAAUUGGACCAGAGUGUUGGAGAAGUUGUAGAAGUUUUAAAAAAUCGCGGAAUGUUAGAAAAUAGUAUCAUUCUAUUUAUGUCUGAUAACGGAGCACCUACUGAAGAUAUCUUCCAGAAUUAUGAUAGUAAUUAUCUUUUGCGUGAUAUAAAAGGUAGUUCCCUUUGGGAAGGUGUGCAAGGAGCUGUGCAAGGAGUGGCUGCAAUAUGGAGUCUCCUAAUUGAAAAACGCGAACGAGUUUCGAAUCAAUUAACGUAUAUAAUUGACUGGUUGUUCACUUUGUUGUCUGCCGCCGGCAUAAACAAGAAAGAGAUUCCCAAAAUCGAUGACCACGACAUAUGGACAGCAUUAGUAUCUGAUGCGCGCAAAACCAGUUCCAGAUAUGCAGUAUUAAUAAAUAUUGACGAUAUCUACGAUUAUGCGGCAAUUCGUCAUGGUACAUUCAAGUACAUAAACGGUAAGAGUGAGCUGCAUUCUGCCUGGAUAGUAGACUCUGGAAGAUCAAACGUCGAACAACGAUCGCCGUACGAUCCUGACCAAGUGUUACAAAGCAGAGCAGGAAUCACUAUUGCCUGGAUGCAAACGAUCAGACAUGUAUUGGAGCGCAAAAGAGAAAAAGCUGCUCUCAAUCAGAUUGUUGUCAAAAAUUCGAAAAAAAAACUAUAUUGUGUGUGACUUGCCAGAUUCUGCAGUUAAGGCGCGAGGCACAAAUUCAUUGCAACGUAACGGAACAAGAUAAGGUGAGAAAAUGAAAUGUUCCAAUUUUAUUAUUAAUAUUUUAUAUCAUUUAAAUCUCUCGUAAUUAUUAAAUUAUUGGAAGCCUCUUGCUCUAUCAAAUAAUUUGGAGUAUUCAAUAAAAUUUAUUUCUAUUAGCCUCUACUAUAUUAUAGUCUGGUCAAACUAAAUAAAAGAUGUUAAUUUGUGCAUUCUCUAAAGACUCCUUGCGAUCCAACGAUAUCGCCGUGCGUAUUCAACAUCGAGGAAGAUGAUCAACAUCAUCGAUAAACAAUCAUCUCUCGUCAUCUCACAGCGAGAUUAGAAAUAGCUCCGGCAUGAUAUAGAUUAAGUAUGGUGCCAGUUAGUAACGCGAAUUUCGAUCCCCAAGCAAAUUCCAAAUUCUGGAACAACACCUGGACCUGCUGACAAGAUGCCGAACCAUGGGCGUUAACGCUUUCGUACACAAAUUAAAUUGCCAGCCGUCCAUAGUCGGACAUGUCCUUGCGCUUUCGAUUAUUAUCGGGAUCGCUCUAUUUAAUUGAUACUGUCCUAAAAAAUUGCGUCCUAUUGAAUAGAAUGACAAACACAUGUAAACACAAAAUAAGAGAUGAUUCGAUGCGAGAAAAUACGCAAAAUUUUAUGCAAGUUAGUUCUAUUGAUUGAGUCCAAUCCAGAUCACGCUCAAAAGUAAGGACAAAUGAGUUUGACAAAUAAGAUCCAUGACAUUUGUCUUUUGAUCAUAAAAGUCGAUUAAAGAAAAGAAAGAUGAAAGAAAUAAUUUCUAGAAUAAGCGAAUAAAAAAAUGUUAUGAUUUCUUGAAACUAUAUCAAUUUGGCGUAAAUCAGUAAGUUAUCUCAUUCAGAUCACAAGAUGUAAUCCCGGUGAUACGAGCAUUUGUAUCGCCGUAGAUAACAAUACGUGCUCUUACCCAGGAAUGCGCACUUGCCUAGCGCAAGUUCGUAAUUCCGUCAUAAAUCAUUAUCAUGUUUUAAAAGAUAGUAUAGAUUGUGUUACGAUACAAAUCGUACAGUUUGUACAAUUCGUAAUAAAAUUUCACAUUUCCUCUGAUAUAUACUGACAUCACUUAUGUAUUGACACUUCUCUUUUUCUGUACAAAAUUUUAUGGAAAUAGAGCAAUUGAAUAAUAAUAAUAUAUAACUAAAUAAUUUACGAUCACAAAUUACCAAUUUACAAAUUACAAAUUUGAAUCAUCUACGAUUCGUCUUCCGCAGUUUGCUUUCGAUGUAUGAUUAAUUAUUAUAACAAUAUUAAAAUUGCGUCAACAAGCCGGAAACGAAUCGUAGAUUAAUUUACAGAGUCCACACAAGAACAUAAAUAGGACUGAUAGAACUGAAACAUAAUGGCAACUUUUUGACAGACGUGCGCAUAUUCGGCAAUGCGAUACUUGAACAUGGUUUCAAUGCAUACGUCACAUUGCACAUGCUGCACUGCUAUGAAUAAUUUAGUCACUGAAUAAAAAGAAAAAAAAA